AUGGAAGACAAGACGUUGUAUGGUAAAACUGUCGAGUUUAAUAAGGGUCGAAAUGCACUUGUGUUCAUUCAUGGUGGUGCUUGGAUAGAUGUUGACAACACACCGUGGGAUUUCCAAUCACUAUGUCAAGAUAUACUGAAGUUGGAUUACCAAUGUGGUCUGUAUGGUAUUGAAUACCGUCUUUCACCAGGUGUUAAACAUCCCACACAUUUAAAAGAUGUAAUUGAGAAUCUCUAUAGGCUUGUGAAUGACCAAGAUCUUGAUCAGCUACAACUAGUGGGGCAUUCAGUCGGCGCCACAUUGGCAUGGCAGGUUGCUACCUGUGAAUUAGAUGAUUAUAAGGUAAGAUUAGUUAAAUCUAAACUGAAUGCUAUCUGGUUAGUUGAUGGUAUCUAUUCGAUUCUAGAAUUACUUGAGGAAUAUCCGGAUUACAGCUCUUUUGUGUCCAAGGCAUUUGACGACGUUCCCUUUGAAGAACCUGGUCAGUCUGUUAUAAGGUUACCUCGAGAGAUGAGUAUACGUAUUGUGCAUUCCUACGAGGACGAACUACUGUCACCAAGACAAUCUAAUCAUUUAAUACAAAUUUUGGAAACCAACCGUAGAAGCUUCCAUUUUUACAUCGAUUCCCUAGGUUUUCACAAUCAAGUUUAUUCAAAUGCAAAUUUGGCACAAUAUAUAGUGGACAACGUCAAAUUUACUUAA